AUGCUCUUCCAUUCCCUAUGCUCACUUCUCGCACUCACCUCGGUCUUGAGUCUGACCGUUCCCUCUACAGAUCAGCUGGCCAGACGAGAAACAUUGGUAGAAGCUGCUCAUAAUGCCAGAGUAUUGGUCAAAUAUGUCAAGACAGGUACUCUGGCUAGUGUAUUCCCAGAUACGACCGAUCUCGCAGGUAGACCAUUUGCAAUGAUGGAGUAUCACGCACCAUGUUACUCCAACGGGUCCCUGACUCUGAUUUUGAUGCCAAUAUCGCGCUCUACCCAGAAUAUCUUCCAGAAUCCAGGUCAUCACGUAGCUUAUACAGUCAGUAUGCCUACUGAAGGUGUAAGGUCACCGAUGAGUCGAGGUAGAGUAGCUUUGAUGGGUAACGUUACUACCCUUCGAGAUAUUCCACCCAGUCAAUCUGAGGGAUUAGUCAAAUGCUAUACAGCUUAUCAUCCAGAUUCGAAAUAUUGGUUACCAGGUAACGACAAUUCACCACAUACGAGUUAUUGGGCGAGAUUGGACAUUGAUAGGAUAUAUUAUGUUGGAGGGUUCGGAGAUAUACAUUACAUCGGUCCUAUCCCUGUUGAUCUCUACGCCAAGUCGGAAAAUGGCGUGCAGCAAGGAUACGAUGUAAAAGAAAAGGAUGUUUCCGAAUUCUUCAAGAUACCGAACGAUGUGAAUGAUCAAGUUGUGUUUUAG